CUACUUUGAUCGGUGCGUCCUUCGAGUUGACGCUCUGGAAUCCUCUGCGCUUCAUUCAACUGCUCUGCGGGGACCUUAAAGCUCUACUUUCCCAUGGGGGGCUGAAAGAUGUCUAACGCUAAAAGGAAAAUGGAGUUCAGCAUUGUCACCCCUUGAGAGUCCAGAUCCUGCUCCAAUGCUGGGAGAUGCCCAGCUGCAGCCAGCAGCGCCUCAGCUCCUGUGAUCCCGAAUCUCUUGCCUUCCAAAAUCCACAUCUCAAGUCUGAUCACUUUAUUCUGCCUGCCAGUACCACAAAUGGCUACCCAGAGAAAGCACUCUGUGAAAGAUUUCAACCCAUAUAUCACCUGCUGCAUCUGUAAAGGGUAUUUGAUCAAGCCAACUACCGUCACUGAGUGCCUCCAUACUUUCUGCAAGAGUUGUAUUGUGCAACACUUUGAAGACAGCAAUGAUUGCCCCAGAUGUGGCAAUCAAGUACAUGAGACCAAUCCAUUAGAAAUGUUACGGCUGGAUAAUACUUUAGAAGAAAUUAUAUUUAAGCUGGUUCCAGGACUUCGAGAGAAAGAAUUGCACCGUGAAGCUGAAUUCUGGAAGAAAAACAAACCUAUAGAAAAUGGAGGAGAAGAAAAUGCAAAUUCUGAAAAUGCUAAAGAUGGUGAAAAUGGAGAUGAAAACCAAGAAGAUAAAGAUUAUCACAGGAGUGACCCACAGAUUGCUAUUUGUCUGGAUUGUUUACGUAACAAUGGGCAGUCUGGUGAUAAUGUUGUAAAAGGGUUGAUGAAGAAAUUCAUCCGGUGUUCUACACGUGUAACUGUAGGAACCAUCAAGAAAUUUCUAAGUGUAAAAUUAAAACUUCCAAGUUCUUAUGAGCUGGAUGUACUAUGCAAUGGGGAAAUCAUGGGGAAGGAUCAUACUAUGGAAUUCAUCUACAUGACAAGAUGGAGACUACGAGGCGAAAAUUUUCGGUGUCAGAACUGCUCCUCGUCACAAGUCUGCUCACAGGAUGGCUCUUUUUAUCAGUCUUAUCCCAUGGUACUCCAGUAUCGACCCAGAAUUGACUUCAGUUAAACCAAAGGGCCAGAUUCUACUGAGAUUAAACCUGCACUAUGUUGUUUACUCAUCGACAGAUUGCACAAUGAAUGGAUGUGCCUGGAUUUGGGGGGGGAGGAGAGGAGGUGGGGGGGAAAACCACUCGAAUUUCAACCUGCGAAUAUGGACUUCUCUUCAGCUGAUCAAUUACUUUGUCCCUGCUGUUAAGAGUAAACCAAGUGCCAUUCUGCAACUGAAACAUUCAUGAUAUAUUUGUGGCAUCAAAGACUGUAAAUUAUAGCCAAAUCAUUAAAUGUAUAGUCAAGAAUCGGAUUCUCUUGAAUACUUGCUUUGCCUGAUCGAAAACUUAAAUGGUUCCAUAACACCGAUUACAUUAGAAAAAAUAGCUGUCUUCUAUUUCUCUUGUGGUAUUGUUUUUUUCCCCCCACCACAUGUACUGUUUUACUGAAGAAAAAGUUGUUUAAAAGUACUGUAUAAAAAGGUUAAAAACUAUACCUUUAAAUAUUUUGUAUAUAAUACAUGUUUCGGAAAAGUGGUUAUUUUACCACUACUUUGACUUGUUCAGCUUCUCAUAGAAUCUGAUGUAGUUCACUCAUUAAUAUGCAGUGAUCAUUUAACAGUAUCUGAAUAGUUAGAUUUUGUAUCAAAGAAGUUUAAAACAUCCAGACUGAAUUGAACUUGGCUGGUACAAUAUCAAAUGAUCUCCUUUCAAGAGUACACAAAACUUAUUUAAAGUUUUGAUUUGGAAGUAAUAGCACAUUGGUACAUGUGCAGCAGGGUAAAAUAAGAGUUUUUAAAAGAAGAGAUAUUUUAAAUGUUAUUGUAAUUUAACUAAAAAGAAAAAUUAUUGCGAAAACUUUAUUCUCAGAGUGUUGGUUAUAUUUUUAAUUGUUGCUUUCCCUUUGAAAUUUGGUAAUCAUACUAGAAAGUUGUGGGUUGAAAUUGGUGGUCUUAAAUAUGUUGGAUUACAGCCACUGGAAUGGCAUCUGCUUCUGUAUUCUUUAAACAUAUUCAGUAAUGUACAUCAAUACAUUAUAAAAUGAGCCAGCAGGCACAGUCUAGGUUUACCAGGAAUCUUGUUAUGAAAUGGGUUGUCAAGUGUGAAACUCAAGUAAAUUUGAAUGGUUACAAAGCUAUCUGACCAAAACUACUGGCUGUUCAGGGUGUUUGGUUUUUUUUUUCAUAACAGUAGUGUUUUAAAAUAUUAAUGGUUGCCUUAGGUAUUAUAUGUGAAUUCUUUCUUGUUCAAUAAUGUUGUGCUAUGGAUAUUACUUCAGAAAUCACAAUGUAUUGUAUACUGUUUUUUCUCGUCUUCCAUUACUUUUUUGCAGUUAAAAAACGAAGGUAACAGUCAAAUUUAACAAUUUGUACAAUUUUUAAUAAACAUAAUUCUUUAUAUAGUAAAUUACAUACCAUAAGACAAGUAAUUCACUCUAGAAAACUACUAAGUUUCGGAAACUAAGCUCAAAUACUGUAUGCCUUCCUUGUAAUACAGGGGUCUUGUAAGUAAGAACAUGUAAAGUAGAUCAUUAUUUCUAGAGGGAAAAUGUGCAAUUUGCACCAGGUCAAAUCCCACGCUAAUAGGCUUGGUACUAAGGUUCUAGUCCACAGUAAUCAGCUGUAGAUUACAAUACUGUGCAAUGCUUGUUAUGCUUGGGGCCAGCGCUUUCUGACGAAUAUAGAGAAUUCUCAGUUAAAUGUUAAAUCAUCUGUUAACUGUUCUCAGCUCAUUGAAAAAGUAUCAUUUGUACAUGCUUCUUUUGUUAAAUGCAGUAGGUUGGAUCCAAAUGCCAUUUUCAGCUCUUGCCUAGGGGAUUUUUCUUUUCUUUUUUGUCUAGUUAAAUGUGCCCCUUGUCAUAUCAAAAAAAUAUAAAUGCCGUUCCCUUCCAUUUUCAAAGCAGCUGAUAACAUGGCUUUUGAAGCGACUUUUACAUAUACGAAACUUUGGGCCCCUGAAACUCAUUCUGUGAAGUCAGAAUUUUGUCUAUUCUGAUUGGAUUUACCCAUUCUGCUUUGCCAUCACCAGGUUUGUUUGGUUUUGGCUUAGCUUAUGCUGUGAACCCAUGUGGGUUGUAAACUAUGACUGAUGGCUUUGAAGACAUAUUAACCCAGCCAGUUUGGAUUUAUCCAAUAAAUCAAUCAUGUCAUAACACCGAAGAAGUCGGGUCUAGUUGGGGACCUGAUUACAUAAAGUUGUACAUAAAGCUCUUUCAGUCUUCAGUUUAACAUGUAUAUAAUGACAACAGAUUUCUUAAUGCAUUCGGUGUCUUAAGAGUGGCUUUGAAUAUUCCCUUCCAGCAAAGGGGUAAAUGAUGUAUAUGUGAGUUGUGGGUUUUGUUCCAUAAUUCUGGAUAACACCCAAAGCUGCAAUUCCCAUAUUCCUGGAAUAAAUGACUAUGAACCUAAAAAUAUGUAUGUCUCCCCAUGGAGAAGAUACAUAGGGCAUUACUUUCUACUUUAUCCCACACCCUAGGAAAUAGAUGCAUAGUUCAAAUUUUCAGGGCUUUUGGGCGAAUCUAAAUUUACCUACUCCUAAGACAUCGUUUUCAGUACAGAUCAGUCCUACAGAAUGCCUUUAUCACUUUUUUUUUCUGUUUUGCAAUUAAUUGAAAGAUCUUCCAUUACUGCUGAUCAAACAUGGUUAAUUCAUCAGCAGUGACACUUAUCUGUCCCAAUACUAACAGGAAGCAUCUAGUCUUUUUCUCAUGUCAGCACUCUUGUCAGGCUGAGCAUUGUUAAAAAUUAAACAUCCAUGCAACUGUGAAAUCAUUCUUGAUUUUGCAAUUACGUAUGUGCACAAUUUCUGUUUCAGGUUUCCUCUGAGUAAUUAUUGCUUUAUCUUGUCUCAUUAGAAGAAACAUUUUAUUCCAUAGGUUGAUUCCAACUGAUCCGUAUUACAUUUCCAACCUCCUAUUUCUUCUUAUAUUGUAGUGGAAUGAAGCAUUUUGUCCAAAUCCACCAAAAUAUUUUCUGCUGUACCUAGCAAGGAUUUUCCCUUUUGCUGUACAAUGCUGACCAUAUGAAAACAAAUAUUUUGGGCUCUGAGUAAAAAAACAAAAAACUUUCAACAAUAAUUCAAUGAAUUUCUAGAUUUCAGAACCAGCUUAUUUCAUUUUUGUAAUAUGGUUUAACCGUGAUUAAUAAGAGAUUUUCCAAUUGAGUUGGGGGGGAGCAUAAAAGUCCAAGAUAUGACUUCUCAGCUGUGAAAGUAAAAGCCUUAAAAUAUUUCUUGCACAUCUAACCUCCUUGUGGCCUACAAAUUUGCAUUUCUGAUACAGGUGCAUUGUACAUCUGUACACUGUAGAUGCUUAUUGUCAAAAUUCACAACUUGUUAAUAUCGUGUUAGAGAAUCUGAGCAUUUCCUUGUAAAACAUGAAGAGAGGCUUUUAUUUAGCCACUUAACCAAAAAUCCUUUUACUCUAACAAUAAUUUUCCACAGAGCGACACAAAGGAAAUGGAAUUAUCAAUUAAAAGCAAUAAAAAAAUUAGUUGGGGAGUAGGUUCCCUUUUCAGCGAUAUUCUAUUCACUUUAGAUGCUUGUGAAUGUAGCACUUGUGCUCAGGCUUAUUUCAAAAUAUGUCCUUUCCUCUGAACAAGAGGAAACCGCAGGAGAGUCUUCAGCAGGGGUGUCAAACGCGCAGCCCGCGGGCCGAAUGCACCACUGGGCGCUGACCAUGCCUACUCCUGGUUUAGCAAAGGGGGGGAAAGUCAUAUCAUGUGACUCGUGAUGACGCAAGUUUGACACCCCUGGUCUACAGGGCGCGCCAUGUGACCUGAUUGUAAGGUGACUUUACCUGUUUGCUUCAUAUGCUAUGAGGCCAUUGAUACAAGUUGUAUGACCACAUCAUUUGUCCAGUGAUGUUUAGGUGUUGCUGUGACCUGUAAUGUAAAUUGCUGCUAGGGAGUACCAUAGUUCAGGGGAGAGGCUAAAUCUUUUUU